AUGGAGAACGAGCUGCCGGCGUCGGGUGCCCACGGUGUCAGCCUCAACGACCUCUCUCCCCGCGGCCGCUGCCUUGGACCUGCCGUUGUCGCCGUCCCCGCCGUCGACGACGGCUGCCACCCGGGGGAGUCCUUCGCCUGCAACUACUGCCACCACAGGUUCUACAGCUCACAGGCGCUGGGCGGCCACCAGAACGCGCACAAGCUCGAGCGCACCCUCACCAAGUGCAGCUGGGACAUCCUCGUCGCUGCCACGUCACCGUCCUCAUCCCUGCCACCGACGCCAGCGCCACCGGCCAUCGUCUUCCACGCCGCACCACCGGAACGCAACAACAACAGGGACGACAACUUCCUGCAGUAG